AUGUAUUUCUACUUGCAAAAUGAAUGUAAUAAUAAAGAAUUUUGGUAAUAAAUUGGGAACAGAUUGACUAAAUUAUUAAAGGAAAAUAAAAAUUUUAAUAAUUCUUUCUGCCUUGCUUAGCUAGCAUACAUCUUUGGACAACUCAGAAGAAAAAACUACUUAUAAAAUAAGAAUGAUAUUAUUGUAUAUCAACAAUGUAGCAAUUUCUUAAUUCAUCGCUUACCAAAAUUUCUAAAGGAUUAGACCCCAUAAAAUAUAACCCACUUUAUAGCAUUAAUAAAUCAAUAUGAAAUUAAACCUGAGUAUGUUGAUAAAGUAGUGGAUACAUUAUUAACCCAAUAGGACUUUUCAACUUUCAGCAUUUUUGACAUUCAAUUUCUAUUGUGGAGUCUAGUUUCUGGAUCAAAUAAGCAAUUAGUGUAAUUUAGUAUAUAGUUAUUGGAGAACAAAUAAAUAGUAGACAGAAUUAAAUCUGAUUUUCAUAAACUGAAAGAAGACUAAUAGGCUAAAGUCCUAAUUGCCUUAGGGCAGUUUCGAUUUAAUGAUAAAGAAUGUAUAGAAUAAAUUGUUAAAGAUCUAAAAAUAUAUAGUACAAGUUCAUUAUUGUCGCUUUUAUCAAAAUAUUUGAAAAGUCCCAUGAAUCAAAUCUUAUAUUAAUAUUAAAUAGUAAUUGCUUUGAAAGAAUAAUUUGAUGAAUACUUUCAAAUGGAAGACAAAGAUUUAUAAAAAUCUAUAUUAGGUAUCAAAACAUUGCUUUACAUUCCAUCACAGAUUAAUAGUGAAGUGAGAUAGAAAUUUUUAUAGCCAAUUAAAUAAUAUGAAAGAUUUAUCCUUAAUAAUAUCGAACAUUUUACAAAUGAAUCCCUAAUAGAUAUCAUCAAUAUGGCAAGCUUAUUCGAGUCUGAAAAAUUAAUCCUGGAGAAGGUUAAAAAUAAAAUCUAAAAUUUUCAUAUGAUCUUAGAAGAUAGUGUAUCAUUCUUAUAUUGCAUUGAAAAAUACUCUCAUUAAUUUCAUUAAUAAAUUAAUGAUUGUUUAACAGCCCUUAUCAAUAUUCAUGCUCAUGAAAUCCAAACUCUAAACAUUUCAAAGCACCUUUAAUUUGUUAUCGCUUUAUAAUUAUUAGAAGAUUAAUUUCCAAUAGCUAAGGUGCUUUAGGCCUAUUAUGAUGACAAGAAAAUAUAAAUUAAAUUAAUUGAAACUAUAAAAAAAGAUUAAAUGGAAAAAUUCAUCUCGAAUUUUUAAUUUUAGAGGUAAUUCAAGUAUUUUUAAGGAUUUAUGGAAAACAACUUUGAAUACAACUUAUUCCUAUUUGAAAAACAAGGUUUAUUGAAGUAUAUCAAAGAAAGUCGUGUCGGAUGUUAUCUUAUUGAUUAUAGAAUUUGGGAUAUUAAUAUUGAGAAAUUAGAUAUAUAAGAAUUAAAAUAAAUGCAAAAAAGUAAUGACUUGUAGACAGAAUUUCUGGAGGUUAAAUAAAAUAAAUAUGAUGAUGCUACAAUAGAUAGAAAGGAUGAAAUAGGUAAUACUUUUAUUGAAAUUGAUGGAUCCUGCCACUUUGAUAUUAGGCUUGAUGUAGUAACUCAAACAGUAUAUAAAAAGAAAAUAUUGAAUAAAUAUUAAAUCAAUCUUAAAUCAAUACCUCUGAACGAGAAUAGAGGUAUUAGCAAUAGUUUGUAAGCAAUUUUAGAUAUAAUUGGAAAAUGA